GCGACGUCGGACCGUUGGGGUGCUGUAUGGCGUGGUCGUUCAGCUGCAGCGCAUUGCGAUAUUCGACGCGUCAUGGCCACAGCCCACGCCGAUACGAUCUGCCUCAUUUGCAUGGAUGCGAUUGGGCAUCCGUCGAUCUUCUCGCGCUUCAUGUCUCGCGGUGUAUCCGGCGGGAGCUGGGAGCUCGCCUGCAAGCACCGCUAUCACGGCAACUGUCUUCGGGCGCAAUUGGAAGCCAAGGUCAAGCAUCGUGAAGCGCCCAUCACCUGCUGCGUGGUUGCGUGCAAGCGUGAGAUUGCGCCCAGUGAUGUUGCGAGUCUUGUGGGCUCGACGCUCCUUGCGCAGUUCCAGAGUCUCUUGGCCAGCAAGGUCGCGGAGGCGCAUCGUGCGUUCUGCCCCAACAAAGUGUGUAGUCGACCCUACGCAGUGUACGCCGGCAUGGUCAAGGCGCAGUGCUCGUUUUGCAAGGUGCACUUUUGCCAUGGCUGUCACGCCCUGUGGCACGAGAACCUCGACUGCGCCGCGUACCAGCGCAUUCUCGCCUCUGGUGGCGACCCAGACCAUACGCAGUUUAUGACGCUCAAGACAGCGAUGGGCUGGAAGCACUGCCCUGCGUGCCAUGCGGUCAUUGAGCGCAAUGGUGGCUGCAACUACGUGACGUGCAAGUGCGGACGGGCCUUUUGCUACCGCUGUGGUGCAGCCUACCUCAGUGCGACACCGCAGCCCGGCAACGGCCACGGCCACGCUAGCUGCCGAUGCGGGUUGCAUCAGUCGUAGCGCUUGCUCGAGUCGCAAACAUGCAGUUUUGUACUAGUAUGUGGUAGUAGUUUUGUAUGGGGCGCCGUGAUUGCGCCAGGAUGCGUCGCUGGCAAUCGAUCGCCUUCGUCACUUUCAUCUC